AUGUCAGAUAGACUUACGCAGCUACAGGUUUGUUUGAACCAGCUUAUAGAGCAAUUCAACUCGACCGUGAACUAUGUCAAUGUCCAUAGCGAGCCAGCACUUCUUGAUGAAGACCCAAUGUCGGUCACCAAUAUGGCCGUGAAUGCACCCAACCCGGGCCAGCAGGCGCCCCCACCGGGCCAGGCCCAGCAGCUGAACUCCCCAGGAGAAAGGCCACCGGAUUCCAACUCGGUGUCUAACCACGCGUCGGUUAGAGAAGAAGCAGAGGCCAAUUUUGAAAACACGAUAAAUGAAUUAUCCACUGAUAUAAUACUAAAGUCUCGACAAAUAAGUAUGUUGAUAGAUUCUCUUCCAGGGAUAGGAACUUCCCCGGAUACUCAAUUAGUGACAAUCAAUGAAUUGAUCAAAGAGCUCGAUGAAGUUGAACGGAAAAGAAUUGAAAAAAUUGAAGAAAAGGAUAAGCUCUUGGCCUGGUGUGAGACCUUGAUCAAGGAGGUUGCGUCGGGGAUAUCUGAAACUAGAAGCUAA